AUGGACCUCGAAGAAUCUCCCCUACCCCAAGCACUGAAUACCGCGAAUCCUAGUGUUGCGUCGAGACAUUGGUACAAUCGAUACGUUGCCUGGCAAAACCGCGACAAAGCUCAAAGACGUGAAGCCGCGAAGAUUGAGGCCGAACAGAUCAAAUUGUUUGGAGGCGAACCAGGUGAUGAUGUCGGACUUUGCUACAAGAUGAUGGAAGUCUUUGCAGGCAUGAAUUGGAUCGACACGCUGGACUAG